AUGGGACACUCUGCUAGUGUCUGUUGGUCUGCUCCACAAAAGAGCGGGAGCAUGAGUGUGGAACAAAGACCUAAAUCUAGAGCAAGCACUGGAACAAAGCCAAAUGUGAAAGGCAAAGUUUUUGCUAUGAGUGGAGCCGAGGCUUCAAAAUCAGAGGAGCUUAUUAGAGGUAAAUGUAUCAUAAAAGACCGACUUAUAGAUGUGUUGUUUGAUUCUGGUGCUACUCAUUCCUUUAUUUCUGUGGAUUGUAUGAGAUGUCUAGAAUUACCUGUAUCUGAAUUGUCUUGUGAUGUUAUUGUAUCUACUCCUACGGGUAAACCCGUAGCAACUUCUUCUGUAUGUCUAGGUUGUCCUGUGAUGGUACAUGAGAAAGUCUUGAUUUUUGGCACUAAAGUAUCAGAAAGUGCUAAACUCUUAGGUCCAGAUCCAUUGGAAAAUGUAAUGAGUGCUAAGGCUUUCAUGGUUCUAUUUUCAAUUGAGACUGAAAAGGAAAUGAAGCCUGAGUAUAUCCCAGUGGUUAGAGAUUUUUUAGAAGUUUUCCCUGAUGAUGUAACUAAAUUGCCACCGGAAAGAGAGAUUGAGUUUACUAUUGAUCUCAUUCCGGGAGUAAAUCCUAUUUCUGUUGCACCAUAUAGGAUGUCACCAGUGGAGUUGGCUGAGGUUGUUUAUCCAAAUGCUCAUCAUGAUAUUUCUACUGCAUAA